AUGGACGACAAGGCCAGCGACAUUAAGACGGAGGAGGUAUCAUCUCCUGACGGGGAGGGCAACGCUCAUCAUGCACCUUCUGAGUACAUCAACGGGAAGCCAUACUGGCGUACCAAGCGAUUCCAGGGUUCCUUUUGGGCCAUCGGGUUUGGCUGUCUUGCCUGCUACGCAGGCUUUGCCAUGCCCGCGAACACAUUGGCUCUCAUUAACGAUGACAUUGGUCCAAGCGCCUCUAUUAGCUGGGUCUCACUCACAUGGACACUGACCGUUGCCGUGGGUUAUACACUCGUCGGACGGCUGAGCGAUAUUUUCGGCCGGAGAUACUUCUUCAUCGGCGGCGCCACCCUUGCACUGAUUGGGAGCAUUGUCGCUGCAACAGCGCGUACUGUCAAUGUGUUAAUCGGCGCAACAGUACUUAUCGGACUCGCCGCUGCUUCUCAGAUCUCCUUCAACUAUGUGAUUGGCGAGCUUGUACCAGUCAAGCAUCGCUUCAUAUUUAUGGCUUUGAUUAACGCGGUCAAUAUUCCCAUCGGCGCUUUUGGCCCUGUCAUUGCCCGGUCUUUCAUCCUGCAUACUUCGGCAGGGUGGCGCUGGAACUACUACCUAACUAUUAUCUUAAAUGCUUUAUCCCUAUUUCUAUGGGUAUUAUUUUACUAUCCACCGGAUUUCUCUCACCUUCAUCGAGUUCGUUCUCGCUGGCAGGAGGUUAAAGGAAUCGAUUACAUUGGCAUUAUACUCUUCACAGGAGGAAACCUACUCUUCUUGAUGGGUCUAUCCUGGGGAGGCGGACAAUAUCCCUGGAAGUCAGGACAUGUCAUUGGAUGCAUCGUUACUGGUGUCGUCAGUCUAGUGGCCUUCGUCCUAUACGAAAUCUACUCUGGUGUUCACCGCCCUUUGGUGCCAAUGGACAUCUUUAAGAACUUCCAAUACGACGCUAUCGUGGUGUUAACUACGGUGGGCGGCAUGAUCUAUUACUCCAUGACCGUUAUUUAUCCUACAACACUCACUGUUCUGUACUCCACCGACACGAUGAAAGUUGGCUGGUUGUCCUGCGCCGUAGGUGGCGGUGUACAAGCGGGACAAGUGAUCGGUGGCCUCAUUGCCAUGCGUAUUGGCCACAUUAACUGGCAAAUGGUAUUCGCAUCAAUAGUUAUGGCGGUCUUCAUCGGUGGUUUAGCUGCCCAGACAAAGGAUACUCUGGCCUUAUCUACUGCCUUUGCAACCCUGGGCUCCUUCGGUGUGGGAUAUAUUGAAAACCUUGCAGCCACAGCAGCUACUUUUGUGAUCAAGGACCAAAAGCAAAUGGGAACGAGUAACGGCAUCUUUGGAAGUAUUCGAAGUGCCGGGGGAGUUCUUGCCACGACCAUCUACCUUGUUAUCCUCACCAACCGUAUGAACACCAACACCAAGAAUAUGAUUAUUCCUACCGUUGUCGAAGCUGGCCUUCCGGAUUCAUCCAUUGCGGCAUUCUUGACGGCCUUGAACAGUGGUGUUGCCUCUGCACUACAAGCCGUUCCUGGCGUUACUGAAAAAAUCAUUCUGGCGGGUGAGACAGCAUAUUUGGCCGCCUAUACCGAUGCUUUCCAGAAGGUUUUUCUGGCCAGCAUUGCAUUCGGCGGCCUCUCAAUCAUUGCUGCACUCGCGGUUAGGCCAUUCACCAAGGAAGAACUCGCCGGGAGCCUUGUCUUCCAUCUGGGUGCGUCCAAGCCGCAGCACGCAAGAGAUGGAGCUGUGGAAGAUCAGAACGAGGUGGACGCCCCUCUCGAUUAG